CUUAAUCAAAUACAUGAUAAUAACGGCUGAUAAUAAGCCUUUACCACAGGACAUAGUUCUCAGUCUUUACACAUUACAUUUUACUGCAUUUAAUCUUAAUGCCAAUACUUGGCUGGGCACCACGCCUCACGCCUGUAAUCCCAGCACUUUGGGAGGCAGAGGUGAGCAGAUCACUUGAGGUCCGGAGUUGGAGAACAGCCUGGUCAACAUGGUGAAACCCAGUCUCUACUAAAAAUACAAAAAAUUAGCCGGGCGUGGUGGUGCACACCUAUAAACCCCGCUACUCGGGAGCCUGAAGUUGCAGGGAGCUAAGACGCACCAGUACACUCCCGCCUGGACGACAAAGUAGACUCCCUCUCACACCCAAAAUAAGUGUCCGAAUUCACGCAAGUGAAAUACACCUCAAGGAUUCCAAUCUAGGUACUGUGCUCCCGGAUCAUGAACAUUCGUUUGUUGUGUUAUUCCACAAGUAUUACGCUUUGUCAAUCUGACCCCUUCCCCCAUCACCAAGAGCAGACAUGCCUAGCGCCUUCAGACUUACCAAAGAUUUGACUUUGUUGCAAGAGCAGGUCAAGAUUUAACUUUUCUCCAGUGAACAAGUGUGUGGAUUGUCACCUAUGUCAGUCCAUCAAAUAAGAAAACAUGCAGUUCUCCCACCUAUCAUUUGCAGAAGUGACAAGGAGUUUUUGGAAAGUAUGCAAAGAUACAUAAUCACAGAAACUGAAAGACUGGGCUGUAAUGAGGAAAGACCUGCUGAUGAAUAUUACAUCAUAUACCGAAAUGUUUUUGACAAGGUAAUAGAGCAUGCCACUGCAUAUAAAUCCAUUCUUACUUCAAUCAAAAAAGAAUAUGAUGCCUUUAUUGAGACAAUAAAGAAAAGCCGAAGAACUGCAGUCUGUCUUCAUGGAAAACUUAAAGGUUUGGCAGCAGAGCCUACAGCUUUGGUAUAUCACAGAAAAAGAACAAUCCAACUCGAAGCAAAAAUGAGGAUUAUUGAAAAUAAUUCCUCAAAGAUUCAAUCUCAAAUACAUGAAAUCAAGCAGCAUAGGGCAGAGUAUGACACGAAAGAAGCAAAAUAUUGUACUUUCUCCAAAGAUCCUUCAAAACCUAUUCCAGGCAUGACUGUCCAGGAAUCCGUCAAUCUAGAUGCUCUCACUGAAUACAUGAAACAUCUUGAAGAUAAAUAUGCAGAAAUUAAACAAGCUAUGUUGUUAAAAUAUGUACCAGCUCAGAGGAAGGCUGAUUUAGAUGAAGAAAUGAUUGUGUUAGUAAAACGGCGAGAUGUAGCUGAAAAUCUGAACAAAAAAUUACAGUUUAGUCAUCAAAGACUGCAGAUAAUUUCACAGGCACUUAAUUCAUGGAUAAAAUCUGACAUGAGCAUCCCAUUUCAAGAUUUUGUGGAGCAAAUUCAGAAAACCAUAUGUUUACGAGGUGACCAAGUCAUUGCUGAAGAAUUACUGGAAGAUGAUCCACACAGGGCAAAAGAAGCUGAAAUGACACUUCACUACAUUGAAAGAUUUAAUGAAUUAAUCUCACUUGGUGAAUAUGAAAAGGCAGCUAGUUAUGCAGCCAACAGUCCGAGAAGAAUUCUUCGAAACAUUGGUACAGUGAACACGUUUAAGGCUGUUGGAAAAAUUAGAGGAAAACCUCUUCCAUUACUCUUAUUUUUCGAGGCCCUCUUUAUCACAAGUCAUGCUUUUCGACGUCCUGUUGAUGCAGCUCUAACCCUGGAAGGAAUCAAAUGUGGAUUAUCAGAAAAACGGUUAGAUUUAGUUAUCAAUUGGGUUACACAGGAAAGACUGACAUUUUCUGAAGAGGCAGGAGAUGUGAUUUGUGAUUAUGGGGAGCAGGAUACUUAUAAUAAGGCCAAGUGCCUGGCUUUAGCUCAGAUGAUCUACAGUGAAUAUGGGCUUCACAAGAAAGCUCUUCUUUGCUUGUGUAAACAGGGUCAGACUCAUAGGGUCAUGGAGUACAUACAGCAGUUUGUCAAGGACUUUACUUCUGAUGACCUGUUGCAGCUAUUAAUGUCAUGUCCCCAAGUUGAAUUAAUUCAGUGUCUCAUUAAAGAGUUGAAUGAGAAACAACCAUCUUUAUCUUUUGGUCUUGCCAUACUUCAUCUCUUCUCCGUAGAUAUGAAAAAAAUUGGCAUUAAGCUACUUCAGGAAAUAAGUAAAGGUGGGAAAGGUGCAGUAGAAAGUCUUAUGAUAAAUGAUUCAUUUUGCUCUAUAGAAAUGUGGCAAGAAGUGGCGAGUAUAUGUUUACAGAAUGGCUUUGACAACUUAUCUAGCGACAUCAUGUCCAUUCUUCGAUCUCAGGCUGCAGUUACAGAAAUUUCUGAAGAGGAUGACGCAGUCAACCUAAUGGAACAUGUGUUUUGGUAGUUCUAUAUCUCAACCAGUUGAGGGAGCUUGUUCAACAUUUUCUGUAUGCUGGUUGGGCAAACUGAUUUUGACAUAACUAACUUAUAAAUAAAUCUAGAGUAAGAAGCUCUCAGAAAUAAAUCACACUUUUGUUAUGAUGACAUUUA